AUGAACAUCUCGCCGGCGGUUGUUGUCCGACAAGUUGAGUCCUCCCCGACCGUUGAGGACAUCGGCCCGCCGCCAGCGGAGGAUGACGAGGGAAGCCAUGUGCUCUCCCCUCCAUUUUCCCCACCACCGCCAAGCACGGGAAGCUUCAGCGGCAGCAUCCGAACAUCUCCUGUUGUGGAGGUGCCGCGGUCGUUUGAGAACUUCGUGCGGAGACCAGUCAGGAGGCCAGGUACGACAAACAAUUUACUGAUGGCUGAAAUGCAGGUGAAUACUGAUGUAUUGCAAUCUGCAACAACCUCUGCCAUGUCCACAGGAAGGGUGGAGAACAUAAUCGCGCCGGGUCGUAAAAAAACGCCACGCAUGUCUCCUUUUUCUUCCGGUUCAGACGUGGAAAACUCAUGUACAUCCGUUUCCCUAAGCCGCUGCCAAUAUUCAACGUCAAUUAUUCCAGUGGCCCUCACUGCGGGUGCCUCGCCAAGGAAUCUAAUACGACGACAUCAAAUCACGCGUGAUAGCGGGUCUCCGAUCAUCCCACAAACAGCGGCAGACGGCAGUAGAGAAGCACCAUUUCCUCCCUUGACAUUGGUGGACAUGAAUCAGGCUAUUCAGCGAUCUAUUCAAGAGUAUCAGCGAGCGAUGUCGCUUCUUAACCAUAGCAUGCCUUUUACUCGCGUCCAAAAGGCCGAGCAUCCAGAAGAAAUGGACACAACAACCCCAAGUACACAUCCAAAGGUUUGCUUAGGAGAAUUUCAAGUCAGGUGUGAUGUUCAUAGCUUUGUGGCAUCCUUUCUAUCCGCUCAUGGAUAUAAAGAAGCAAUGCGAUCGUUUGAGAUGCACUUGCCGUUGGCUGAGAAACAACUUCAAAGCUGCUUGUAUCAUCAUCAAAAACGGAAACAAGUUCAGAGUCAACAUUUGGACACAGCAUCUUUGGUAAAGCAGGGGAGACAAGACACGUCCUUUUCACCAAAUUACGCCCUGACUAGUGAUGACUUGUUGCUUUUCGUGAUGGAAUCUGUGCGGCGGAGGCAGUCACUCAAUGACAGCCUUCCCUGGCGAGAGAUUAAUUGCCAGCGGAAGGACUAUCGUCUCGAGCCCUUGGAGCAGUUCCACUCACCCCAAGAUCACAAUCCCGUGUCGGGAGAUGGUGAUAACGCGAUAUUUUAUAACUCAGCAGUUGGUGGGUCGUUAGAGCUUUUGAUUGAGGUUCUUAUUUUUGUGGAGACAGACGUUCCAUUCACAACAGGGAUGCCGAUCACGAACUACACCAAUACGUUCAUUUUGCUCUCUUCUUUGUUUGUGAUGCCGGAGGUGCUGAUCGUGCGGCUGAUCCGCCUGUUUCGCCACGUACAGAAACAACCAAGAGUGCUUCUGGAUGACAGUCGCCGUGUGUUUAUUCUGCGUCGAAUUGUACAUUUUAUGACUGCAUACUGCAAUUAUCAUGAGGCGGAUGUCACUUACGCCCUCCUUGAUCGUCUCCGUCAAUUUCUACGGAGUUUAAAUGCCACACCUUCGGUGGGUCAUUCCCUACAUGAUGUCCAAUCCGCCAAUUUUAGUGGAAGAGGGACUUCAACGACGGCGACACAACAAAUGGGGGGAGAUUUCUCCUUCGUUUCUGCGGAAGUUACACCGCGUCUCGACGAGUUGCGUAUUUUUGUGGAGAGGGCCCUGGAAAAAAAAUACACAUUGCUUCCAGACAGGGACGGUCGUGGUGUUUGUUGGCAACGGAAGUUAACGGCAUCUGUGAGACCAUUAGGGACCAUCCUGAAAAAGGAGUUGAAGCAACAAGACGGGGCUUUGCAGGCGGAAAGGGUCGGAUCGUCAUUGCAAGGGGUGUGUUUAAAAAUGGAGGCAUAUUACACGGAAGUUGAGUUUACGGCAGUUGCUGCGAAAACGCUUGCCAUUCAGCUGUGUCUUCUCUCAUUUAAGUUGUUUGCCGAUAUUCAUUUGCGUGAAUUACUUAAUAAUGCGUGGUGCGAUAGCACCAUGCGUAUGAGUGUGCCUUUCCACUUAUCGCGUUUUGUUGAUUAUUCCUCUCAUGUGCAGCGAUGGAUGACGGCUUUGAUUGUGAGCCCGACGCGAUGGUCGGAAUGCCAAAAGGUCAUGAUUCACGGCAUUCGUGUGUGCCGUUUUCUUUAUGAAGAACAAAACUAUGAGAUGGCCUCUGCUAUGUUACAGGGUCUGCAGCACCCUGCGGUGGUGACGCUAGAAGAGCUUUACAAAAAACACUUUCAGUGCCGCAGUAUCUUAAGCGACGCGGAGGAGCGGGAGUUCACGGCGUUGCAGAAAAUAAUGGACCCAUUUGCCUCUCAUGAAAGUCCCUCUUCUUAUUCCUUUGUUAGCAACCAAGCCCUUGAGGAGACGCGGGUGCCGAUGAUCCCACUGCUCGCACCACUCCUCGGCGUGCUGUUCCGCACAGAGGAAUCGAAAGGAAGGACGGUAGAACUCUCUCCUACGACCGGAGUUCCCAUCGUGAACUGGAGCAAAAUAAUGGCGAUUGGCAGGACCGUUUUUUUGUGGCUCCGCUGCCAAAACACGCCGUACGAGUUUACGCCGGAUGCCAGGCUGCAGCAUUACUUGUGGCAACUGCCAGGCCAUCAUUUUUUCGACUCCACCUUGAUGAGGCUUGCAAGGCGGAAGCGAAUGCAAUAG